CGUAGUCUGUGGGGCAUGUGGGAGGUAGAGGACUCUCAGGUGCACCGAAUGGCCCCGAAUGUUCGCAGCGAGAUAGAGCAGAGCUGAAGUGCAGCUUGCUGCUGGGUAGCGUCUCCACCCCUAGUUACAGGCCGCCUUCCCAGUAAAUCACAUGUUCACUUCUGCAACUUUGAAAAAGCAGCCGCUGCAUUACUUCUUCAAAUGAAGUCUUAAAGGAGGCUAGAAAAUCUAGAAUCUGCCCCUCCGUAACUCACCGUAGAUGCAGACUUGCUUUGGUUCCUUUCUGGUUUUCAAAGGUCAUCUUGGAAAAUCUAGGGUUGCAAAAAUGUUUCCCUUAAAGGAUGCUGAAAUAGGUGCCUUUACCUUCUUUGCCUCGGCUUUGCCACAUGAUGUUUGUGGAAGCAAUGGGCUUCCUCUCACACCAAAUUCUAUAAAAAUUUUAGGGCGCUUUCAAAUUCUUAAGACCAUCACCCAUCCCCGACUUUGUCAGUAUGUGGAUAUAUCUAGAGGAAAACAUGAAAGACUCGUUGUGGUGGCUGAACACUGUGAACGGAGUCUGGAAGACUUGCUUCGAGAAAGGAAACCUGUGAGCUAUUCAAAGGUUUUGUGCAUAGCAUUUGAAGUACUUCAGGGCUUACAGUAUAUGAACAAACAUGGUAUAGUACACCGAGCACUGUCUCCUCAUAAUAUCCUGUUGGACCAAAAGGGACAUAUUAAAUUGGCUAAAUUUGGACUUUAUCACAUGACAGCUCACGGUGAUGAUGUUGAUUUUCCAAUUGGGUAUCCAUCAUACUUGGCACCGGAGGUAAUUGCACAAGGAAUUUCUAGAACAACUGAUCAUGUGCCCAGUGAAAAACCAUUGCCUUCUGGCCCCAAAUCAGAUGUGUGGUCUCUUGGAAUCAUUUUGUUUGAGCUUUGUGUGGGAAGAAAAUUAUUUCAGAGCUUGGAUAUUUCUGAAAGACUAAAAUUUUUGCUUACUCUGGACUGUGUAGAUGACACUAUUACAGUUCUGGCUGAAGAGCAUGGGUGUCUGGACAUUAUAAAGGAGCUUCCUGAAAAUGUGAUAGAUCUUUUGAAGAAGUGUCUCACCUUCCACCCUUCAAAGAGGCCAACUCCAGAUGAAUUGAUGAAGGACAAAUUGUUCAGUGAAGUGUCACCUUUAUAUACCCCCUUUAUCAAACCUGCCAGUCUGUUUUCAUCUUCUUUGAGAUGUGCUGACUUAACUUUGCCUGAGGAUAUCAGUCAGUUGUGCAAAGAUACAAACAGUGAUUACCUGGCAGAAAGAUCUAUUGAAGAAGUUUAUUACCUUUGGUGUUUGGCUGGAGGUGACUUGGAGAAAGAGCUUGUCAACAAGGAAAUCAUUCGAUCCAAGCCACCUAUCUGCACACUCCCCAAUUUUCUCUUUGAAGAUGGUGAAAGUUUUGGACAAGGCCGAGAUAGAAGUUCACUUUUAGAUGAUACCACUGUGACAUUGUCAUUGUGCCAGCUAAGAAAUAGAUUGAAAGACGUUGGUGGAGAGGCAUUUUAUCCAUUACUUGAAGAUGACCAGUCGAAUUUACCUCAUUCAAACAGCAAUAAUGAGUUGUCUGCAGCUGCCACUCUUCCUUUAAUCAUCCGAGAGAGGGACACAGAGUACCAGCUAAACAGAAUCAUUCUCUUUGACAGGCUGCUAAAGGCUUAUCCCUAUAAAAAAAAUCAAAUUUGGAAAGAAGCAAGAGUUGACAUUCCUCCUCUGAUGAGAGGAUUAACCUGGGCUGCUCUUCUGGGAGUUGAGGGGGCUAUUCAUGCCAAAUAUGAUGCGAUUGAUAAAGACACACCAAUUCCUACAGAUAGACAGAUUGAAGUGGAUAUUCCUCGCUGUCAUCAGUAUGAUGAACUGUUAUCAUCACCAGAAGGUCAUGCAAAAUUUAGGCGUGUAUUAAAAGCCUGGGUGGUAUCACAUCCUGAUCUUGUAUACUGGCAAGGUCUUGACUCACUUUGUGCUCCAUUCCUGUAUCUAAAUUUCAAUAAUGAGGCCUUGGCUUAUGCAUGUAUGUCUGCUUUUAUUCCCAAAUACCUGUAUAACUUCUUCUUGAAAGACAACUCUCAUGUAAUCCAAGAGUAUUUGACUGUGUUUUCUCAGAUGAUUGCAUUCCAUGAUCCAGAGCUAAGUAAUCAUCUCAAUGAGAUUGGCUUCAUUCCUGAUCUCUAUGCCAUCCCUUGGUUUCUCACCAUGUUUACUCAUGUUUUUCCACUGCACAAAAUUUUUCACCUCUGGGAUACCUUACUACUUGGGAAUUCCUCUUUCCCCUUCUGUAUCGGAGUAGCUAUUCUUCAGCAGCUGCGAGACCGGCUUUUGGCUAACGGCUUUAAUGAAUGCAUUCUUCUCUUCUCUGACUUACCAGAAAUCGACAUUGAACGCUGUGUUCGAGAAUCAAUCAACUUGUUUUGUUGGACUCCUAAAAGUGCUACUUAUAGACAGCAUGCUCAGCCUCCAAAACCAACUUCUGACAGUAGUGGAGUCAGAAGUUCAGCACCUUAUUUCUCUGCUGAGUGUCCAGACCCACCGAAGUCAGAUCUGUCAAGAGAAUCCAUCCCAUUAAAUGACCUGAAAUCAGAAGUAUCACCCAGGAUUUCAGCAGAGGACCUGAUUGACUUGUGUGAGCUGACGAUGACCGGCCACUUCAAAACACCUGCCAAGAAAACAAAGUCUGGUAAACCAAAGCUCCUGGUGGUUGACAUCCGGAACACUGAAGAUUUCAUUCGGGGUCACAUUUCAGGCAGUAUCAACAUUCCAUUCAGCUCUGCGUUCACUGCAGAAGGGGAGCUCACCCAAGGUCCUCACACAGCUGUGCUCCAGAACUUCAAAGGGAAAGUCAUUGUCAUCGUGGGGAAUGUAGCAAAGCACACAGCUGAGAAACAUCAAAAAACAAGCAGAAACUGUACCAUUUGUUGAUUAGAAGUGGUGAAAGCAAACAUCCUCAUCUUCUUCCUGACCUUAGGGGAAAAGCUUUCAAUCUUUCAGCACUGAGAAUGAUGUUAGCUAGGUUUUUUCUCUAUAUGGCUUUUAUCGGGUUGCAGAAGUUCCCUUCUAUUCCUUCUUUAUUGAAUAUUUUUAGCAUGAAAGGAUGUUGUAUUGUGACAUGCUUUUUCCAUUGUUAUUGAGAUGAUUAAAUGUUUUCUUUGCUUCCUUGUAUUACUGUGGUAUGUUCCAAUGAUUGAUUUUUGUAUGUUAGAUCUUGCAUUAGUAGCAUAAAUUCCACUUGGUUAUGAUAUAUAACAUAACCCUAGUAAUUUUUUUUUGACAGGCAGAGUGAACAGUGAGAGAGAGACAGAGAGAAAGGUCUUCCUUUACCACUGGUUCACCCUCCAAUGGCCGCUGCAGCCAGCACACUGCAGCUGGCACACUGCGUUGAUCCGAAGCCAGGAGCCAGGUGCUUCUCCUGGUCUCCUAUGCGGGUGCAGGGCCCAAGGACUUGGGCCAUCCUCCACAGCACUCCCGGGCCACAGCAAAGAGCUGGCCUGGAAGAGGAGCAACUGGGACAGAAUCCGGCACCCUGACUGGGACUAGAACCCGGUGUGCCGGCACCGCAGGUGGAAGAUUAGCCUAUUGAGCUGCGGCGCCGGCCAACCCUAGUAUUUUCUUUAGGAUUUUGUUUUAGUAUUCAUCAAGCCUAUUAGUCUAUAAUUUCUUGUCUGGGCUUGGUACCAGGCAAUAAUAUUGGCCUAACAGUAUGCAUUAAAAUGUGUUCCCUCCCCUUUAACUUAUUCAAAGACUUUAUGAUUGAUUAUUAAUUCUAACCAGAGAAAUUAAGCAAGAAAAAGAAAUAAAAGUUAUCCAAAUUGGAAUAUGGUAGUUAUCUAGGAUUGCUGUAAGGAAAAACAAAAUUGAGUGGCUUAAAAUAACAGUAAUUUAUUCUGCCAUGGGUCUGAUGGCUAAAAGCCUAAUGUCAAGGUAUCAACAGGGCCAUGUUUCCUCUGAAACACAUGGUGGAAUUCUUCCUUGCUUUUCCCAGCUUCUGAUAGUGGCCAUAAAUCCUUGUUGCUCCUUGGCUUGUAGCUAUAUUGAUCUCUGGUUCUGUUAUCCUUUAUUCUUCUACCUGUACAUGUUGAUCUCUGUGGGUCUUCGUCCCUUUUUUAUAAAAAUACCACUCAUAGUAGAUUAACGGGCCAAUCUACUCUAGUAUGGUCCUAACAUAGGAACCUACCAUAUUUCCAAAUAAGGUUAUGUUAUUACGUUCUAGAAAUAACAUAAAUUUUAGACACUAUCUAACUUGGUACAAAAAGGAGACAGUAAACUGUAUUUACAGAUGAUAUGAUCUUUUAUCUAGAAAACAAUAAAAAGUCAAUGUAUGUACACACAGAGACAUACACACAUAAACUGUUAGAGCUAAUACACGAAUUCAGCAAAGUUCAGGAUAAAAAUCAGCACCAAAAACCAAAAAUCAGUUUUAUUUCUAUAUACUAUCAAAAUCCCCAUGGAGUUUUUUUGGAAAUAGAAAAACUCAUGAAAUCAUAUGGAAUCUCUAGGGAUCCAAAAUAGCCAAAAAAAUCUUUAAAAAGAAUAUAAAAUCAGAAGACUCACAACUUCAGAACUUAUUACUGAGCUCAAGUAAUCAAAACUGUGGUGCAGACAUAAUUUUAGCCAUAUAGACCAAUGGAAUUAAGUUAAGAGCCCAUAAAUAAGCUUUUUAUCUAUAGAAAAUUGAUUUGACAAGAGUGAAGAUGACUCAGUGGGGGGAAAAAAGGUGUCUUCCAAAAAUGAAUCUGGGACAACUGAAUAUCUACAUGUAAAAGAAUUAAAUUGGAGUCUUACUGUAACCAUAAACAGAAAUUAACUCAAAAUGAACCAAAGACCUAAAUAUAAGAGCUACAACUAUGUAUAUGGAGAUAAAUCUUAAUGACAUUAGAUCUGAGAAUGGUUUAUUAAAUAUGCACCAAAAGCACAGACAACCACAAAAAAAGUUAUAUCUCAUGAAAAGUAAAAUUUUUUUCUUCAGAGGACACUAUCAAGAUAUUGAAAAGAUAAACCACAAAAUGAAAAAAUAUUUGUAAGUCAUAUGCCUAACUAAUAUCAAAAUACAAAUCAAUGUGCAAAAAUAAGUUGUAUUUCUACAUACUAGUCAGUAACAGAAAAGUGAUUGAAUUUUUAAAAAGUCAAAGGAUUUGAGUAAACAUUUCUCUGAAGAUAUACAAAUGUCCACUAGCACAUGAAAAGAUAUUCAGUAUUCUUAGUCAUUAAGGAAAUGUAAGUCAAAACCACACUGAGAUACCACUUAAUACCCAAGAAUUGGCAAAGAUGAUAACUGGAAAUUGCUGAUGUGGGUGUAAGAUAAUGUAGCUUCAGUAGAAAACAUCUUACCAAUUCCUUCAAAAAUUUAACAGAGGAGCUGACAUCAAGGAGCAGCAGGUUAAGCGGGCAUCCCUUAUCAGUGCCAGUUCAAGUCCCAACUGCUCCAGUUCUGAUCUAGCUCCCUACUAAUGUGUCUGGAAGGCCGUGGAUAAUGGCCCAAAAACUUGGACCUCUGCCACACAUGUAGGAGACCCAGAUGGUGUUAGUUUCUGGCCUUGGCCGGGGCCAGCCCUGGCAUCAUGGCUAUUUAAGGAAUGAACCAGCAGAUAGAAGAUAUUCAUAUUAUCUUUCUCCCUCUGUGUAACCCUGCCUUUCAAAUAAAUAAAUAAUUAUUAAAAAAAAAAAAAA